AUGGGCCUGCGGCUUGCCAUUCUCCUUGAGGGCAUCGACGAAAGCGGAUCCGCACACAUCGAGAUGCUUCCUGCACAGAGGCUCAAGGCGGUGCAGGGCCCGAUCGCCUUCCUUGAUCAGAUUCUGGGCUGCCCUGAGCAUGGGCUGCUCGCCGGCGGCAUUCUCGGCCGCACGGCCGGCCUUGUCGACAAUGUCCCGAAAAGGGGCGAGGACGAGUUCGGAGACAUGAUCCAUCACCUGCUGAAUAUCAAUCCCGCCACGACAGGUACGCACGCGAGCAGGGCAACGGUUUUCGACGGCAGACGACCCCUGGUCCCGGCCACAACUCAGGUUCUCUAG